CCGCCAGCCCUACUACAACAACAAAAGCAACAACAACAACAACAACAACAACUCCAACUACGACAACCACCACCACAACAACUACCGCCAGCCCUACUACAACAACAAAAGCAACAACAACAACAACAACUCCAACUACGACAACCACCACCACAACAACAACCACCACCACUACAACAGCAGCACCAGCACGUCCUCUGCCAACUGUAGCCAUACAGAUUGUCAUUAUAGAGGUUUUUACUCAAGCACUGAAGGACCCGAAAACUACGGAAUUUAAAAUCCUAGCCACAAAAGUGGAGACUAUGUUUGAUGAAGUCUAUAAAAAAAAGUUUGGGCCUCGUUUCAUCAGGACCAUCGUGAUUGCAUUCAUUGGUGUUUCCAGAACCCGGGAGGAAUUAAAUGUACAGGCGGAGGUUGAGUUGGUGUUCAGUGAAGCGUCCACUGAACCGAUCCCCAGCAACACUGACAUUGUGCAGACUCUAAAAGAAGCAGCUGCUAAUUCAACUGCAGGCUUCAACCUCACACUUGAUGCCACCGCUAUUACUGUCAUUAAAUCAGUGAAGAUAAUUCCACUGACAAUCCUCACCAAUGGAACCUUUGUGGCUGCUCUUUCAAAUAAAAGUUCUACUGAAUUUCAGAACAGGGCAUCGAUGAUAAAAGCAGGGCUCGAACCUUUUUUCCUCGCUGAUUACCCUAAAUCAUUCAGCACCAUAUCCGUAACAGACUUCAGUGAUGCCAGUGUAAAAUUAUGGAGCGUGCCCACAAUCCGAAACUCCAUGGAUCUUGUAUUUGGAGCGGACGCCGUUCUACCUAAUAGCACCCAGAUAGUGAACACUGUAGUUCGAGCAACUAGAAACAACACGUUAACCUUCCAGAUCUUCACUUCUUCAAUUGUGGUAAAUGGUACAGAAUAUUCGUCCGGUGAAGUCAGCAGCAGGAUCAGUGUGUUGACCGCUUCAGUUCUGGUUGCUGUGUCGCUUCUGGUUCCACGGUUUAACUGACCGUAACCACUCAUGCCAAUAUAACUGAUUCAGACAGGUCUGAAUCAUCCUUGCCUUCCACGCCUGCUCACAUGAAGGACUCGUACAUGUAAACGAACUCUAAAUGCAUCAGUUUUUAGAACUGAAUGUGUCUGUUUUUAGCUCUGGUUCUGUAUUCAGAACAGGCUAAAACAUCUCUAGACAUACAAGCACUUUUAGUAAUUUAUUCUAAAAAAUAGACUCAUAUUGUCAUUGGUUUCUUUUCUGAUUAACGUAAUCUGCAAAUCAAGGGGCAUUUCAUUAAAGUCAUUAAUGUAUUGUUCGUUAAUUCUGUAUGUGUUGUAAUUGGAUCAGUAAAACAAUUAAGUGGGUACAACUUUACAAUCUACAAAAGUAUAGUAUAAGCUACAACAACCACAUUUUCAACUGAAU